AUAAAUAAAAAAGCAAAAGAGAGAGAGUGAGAGAGAAGUAUUAGCUGGUUUUCUCUCCUCUUCUGUCUCUCCUACAUUUACUCCUCUGUUGCCAUGUCUCUUCUCCAAUUGAGUUAGGCUUCUCCUUUUUCAGUCUCUCAUUUAUUGUCAUUAUUUUUUUUUCAAAUAUCUUUGUAUUAUUGGUCUACAAUUUCUCUCUCCUUUUUUUCAUCUCAUUCCUAUCUCAGUUCAAAAAAAAUCUAAUUUCACACUGUCAAACUCCACUCUUUCUUCUUGGAUCCUUCCUUUCCCUCUUCAUUCUCCAUGUAUAAAGUACUUUCAUGAUAUGGGUUUUACUUUGGUGGAUCUGGGUAUUAUUAUAUUUAUGUUUUUUGAUUGGUUAUGUUCUGGUUUUCAUCAAUAGCAACUCAAAUGUGAAGCUCCGUCUUCAGUCAAUGUGGAGUUUUAUGGGUUUUAUCAACCCGUAUUUCUAUUACCCAUUUGUAUUCUAAUUAUUAUUGUUGUUUUUAGAAUCUUGCUUAAUCUGUUCUAUUUUAUCUCAAUUUUUUUUUCAGUUUUCAAUUGGGGUUUAAGGGUUUUGGCAUUUUUUCCCUUUUCACUGAUUAAUAUUGUCGAUUUUUUAUUGGCAAUUUGGUAUUUGUAAUCUUGCUUUUUCAUUGGCUGGUGCCUGGUGCCUGGUGGUAUUAGAUUUAGUGAGAGAUCAUAGGUUUUUCUCUGUUGAGGAAGUUGGGAAUUAUGGAUGCCUCAUUACUCCAUUGAAUUUGGCAACCUGCACAAGCUUUUACUCCAUUCAGUUUAUUCAGGCAUAUUCAGCAGAUGAAAAGAAUGACAAAUGGGGUUGAGGACAAUAAAAGGUCAAAAGUCCGUCGGGAAUCACCAGCGCUUGAAGAAGCUAGUAAUGGUCCUUUGAAGAAGGGCCCAUGGACUGCCGCAGAAGAUGCAAUUUUGGUGGAUUAUGUUACUAAGCAUGGAGAGGGAAACUGGAAUGCUGUCCAGAAGCACUCAGGGCUCUCCCGAUGUGGAAAAAGCUGUCGCUUGCGAUGGGCAAAUCACCUAAGACCAGAUUUAAAGAAGGGUGCAUUCACUCCAGAGGAAGAGCGCCGCAUAAUUGAGCUCCAUGCUAAGAUGGGAAACAAAUGGGCAAGAAUGGCUGCAGAGUUGCCUGGACGCACAGAUAAUGAGAUAAAAAAUUACUGGAAUACAAGAAUAAAGAGACUUCAGCGAGCUGGUUUACCAAUUUAUCCUCCUGAAGUGUGCCUGCAAGUAUUAAAUGGAAGUCAAGAAAGUCAGGACAUGGGAACACUGCAAAGUACGGAUACACAUGGUUCUAAUCUCAUACAGAAUGACCAUUUUGAGAUUCCAGAAGUGGAAUUCAAGAAUUUAGAACUCAACCGUGGACUUCUAUCUUAUUCACCGACAGUUCUUGAUAUUUCUCAAAGCAGUAUGCUAAAACAAGGUGUAAGUCCUUCCCAUAGUAAUAACUUUAUGUUCCCAGCGAUGCAUCCCGCGAAACGCCUUCGAGAAUCAGAGACCAUAUUUCCUACUCUGGAUUGUAGUGUCAGCAGUGGUCUUCCAGUAUUCAUUCAAUCAACAGAUCAUUUUUCCGAGAAAAUUGCUGAUUCCUUUGGUGUAUCUUCCCGAUGUGUUCCUCAUACUAAUACUUAUGGUCAGAUUGGAGAUGAUCCUGUGUUUCUUGUAGGAUAUGAUCUUAAACCUGAAACAGCCAAUCAGGUUUCAACCCCUUACAUUGAAGAGAAAGAAGUGCCUAAUCAUAUCGACUUUACAAGACCAGAUGCUUUACUAGGCUCAGGUUGGUUUGGGCUUACUGGUGUGUGUAUUAAGGACCCACCCAUUCGGACGGAUGCUGUAGGGGCAUCAUUUGGUGAUGAUGUCGACAGCGAAUGCUAGUAAGUCAGAUGCUGAAAAUUCUAAUUUAUUAGCUGUGAUAAAGCAUUGAUAUUUGUAACUCCAGUCACCUCGAUAAUCCUUUUCGGGACUAUUGUUUGGAGUUGCUAUUUCAAGAUCUUGUGAACUAUUGGUGAUAUAAUAUGCCUUGGGGAUUUUCUUCAUCACUUGUUCUGGUGGUACUUCUUGGAUGAUUUGGUAUUAUGAAAUGUUACUGUGUGAUGGAAUAUCAAUAAUCAAUUCUUGCAAUAUAACCACAGUGCUUUGUGAUGUCAAAACUUCAUAUUAUGAACUUAUUCUAUAUUCCUUUAAUUA